UUGGUUGUGUUGGUGAUAAUAGGAGCAUUUCCAACAUGUAUUUUGGUUUACUUAGCUUUAACAACUGAUGAAAUCCCUAAAUAUGAUGGCCAAGCCGGGCAAAUUUUGGAGUCCAGACUUGCACAGAGAUUGAAAGAAGCUGAUCAGGAAAAUAAAGUCCUUAGGAAGCAACUAAGUAAAACAAGAAAUAAACUAUUAGGCCUACAGAUGAGUAUUGCAGUACAGAAUGGCACAACAUAUGGUGGCAAUAAAACCCUACUAAGAUGUCUGAAUGCUGAACUGGAAAUACCCAAGUGUGAGGUAAUACACAUAGCGAUUGUAUGUGCUGGACACAGUGCCACAAGGAGUGUUGUCACAUUGAUUAAAAGUGUAUUGUUCUACAGAAAGAAUCCUCUCCACUUCCACUUUAUAUCAGAUGAUAUAGCUCAACUCAUUUUAAGUCGUCUGUUUGACACAUGGAAUGUUCCUGAAGUAAAUGUCAGUUUUUACUCAACAGACAAAGUUCAGGAAGAUGUAGUAUGGAUAUCUAAUAAACAUUACUCUGGGGUGUUUGGUCUGAUGAAGUUAACAUUACCAAAAACUUUACCAAGAAAUCUAUCCAAGGGUAGAGGUUUCAAUACUGGAGUUAUCUUACUUGACUUACAGAAGUUACGUGAUAUGGGAUGGAUGGAAUUAUGGACUAAAGUAGCCCAGGAAGAAUUACAGACCAUGGUAUAUACUUCAUUAGCAGAUCAGUAUUAA